GGGUUACGGUGCGCCGAUAGGGACAAAUGUAGUCAAGGCCUGGCUGUGUUUGACAUAUGUUGUUAAAAAGUAACCGCUCUCCUUUUAAACCUUCGUUGAACAACAUUAGAGAAUGCCAGUUUGGAAACCGAACUUUCAUGCUCUCUGUAACUUUAGAAACUAUAAUAAGAGACGCCCAAGGCAAAGUACUAGGAAUCGAUUGCUGGGUAUUCCCAGCCUGGUGUAGUCCACCCCCUCUUUAUGCGGUGCUCUUGUAAGCCACUCCGUCGCCGCUGACCCUGUUGCCCCCGAAACUCUGGCAUUUCCUAUCACAGAUAUGGACGAGAAAAGAAGGAAGCAGGAGCCAACAUGCUAACACGGCCCAAGCAGCUGCGUCUUCUACAAUUGUAACAGCAUCCAUCUGAAACUCUCAUCUGUGAUUAUGACCUCCCCAGAGGCACCGGUGAUAUUCCUAGGGAACGGGACCCCUCAACUGUCAAAUUCCCCUAGCUCGUGGAGCUGGACAUUACCCCUCAGCGGGGCAGGAGCACGGCAAAUUGAGACAUUUGCUUUCCCUAUAGUCUUACAAAUUUAGCGUCAACAGUUAUUCUGAGGGAUUUUAGGGGCCUAACUCAGCUUUAACUGUUUUGGAAUGGAUCCAAGUUGUGAGAUGUCUCCAAGGCACUUUAGCUCAGUUUCUAAAGGCCACAUAGAGGGCCUCUUUGGUGGAAGGAAUUCCUCACAGAAGAUACAUUUUCCUCAGUAAACACUGGUACUUAGACCUUCGUAAAAAGACCCAGAAUUUAGACUUCCAGGACUCAGCAUGUUCCUAACCUCGGUCAGAGGUCAUAGACUGAGAGAAAAACAACUCGAAGGGUCUCUCAAAUUAAUCUGAUUUCACAGGUCCCUAGGUUUAAAAUCUCACAAAAUGGUUGGUGCUGGAAGAUCUAGACAGUCAAAUUGAGAAAAACUUCACAGACCCAUGAGAAUGCAGGGCCUGAGAUACCCAGAGAUACCUGGGCUAAAUGAUCUACUUUAUAAAGAUGCUGUGUCUCCUCAUAGUGUCUAAAAUAAUGGAACAAUUGAGAAUGCAGGAUGGGAAGCCAGAUUGUCUGCACUGGAAUUCUGGCCACUUAGCUGAUCUUGGACAAGUUACUUAUCUCUGUGCCUCAGUUUCCUCAUCUGUUUUAUGGGGAUGUUAAUAGUACCUAUCUCACUGGGUUGUUGUGAGAAUUAAAUGGGUUAAUACAUGAAAAGUGCUUAGAUCAAGUACUUGGCAUAAAGUGAGACUCGGAUAUAUAUUAGCCACUAUUAUUAACCACCUGGAAGAACUUCAAUUGGAUUUGGAGUCUGGGCAUCCAACUGAAAAAUCUACUUAGGAAUGUUUUGUGAGUGUGAUUUGCAUAACGGUUGAAGCCCUGCUGACAUCAAGGACUCCCUGCAGCUCCAGGUCAGAUCUAGUCCUGGAAGUAGUUCCUGCCACACAACAGUCCCACAACUGCCCCACCAACCUUGCUUCCUACCCAACUCCUGAAGCACCAGGAAGUGAAACAAAGCAACAGAGCACCAUGCCUCCACCUCACCCUUGUCCUUUUAUCCCAUCUCCCAGGGCUCCACUUCCUCCUCCUCCUCUUCACCUUUCAUCUCCUGUACUUCAGGGAUCCCAGAAUGGGGACCAGCGGUGAGAAAGCAUAGAACACAUUAUACAAAAGUGAGGUGAGCUCCCCUACUUCCAAUGCCACCACCAAUUUCCUUAUUUUGUGUAUCCAUCAUAUGUGGGGAGAGGCAACCGUUUCUCACUCAAACUGAGAUAACCUCUCUGAUGCUGGAAAUGUUUUAUCCAAAGGGUGGAUUUACCAGAGAGUCAUAUUUGAAUCAGAAGUUUCACUGGGUAGUUUUGAAUUAUUCUAAGGGAGACCUCUGUCAAGGGUUUCUCAGAGGAAUAGGGUCAACCUCUUGGGGAGGCUUUGGGAGCCAUCAGUGUGGUCACCCAUGGCCUCAUUCUGACGUCCAAAGUGUCCUGGGACCCUCCACUGGGGUUGGGGCAGCCCCAGGUUUGGACCACCCUCCACUCCCACGCCUAACCUCCCACUCUCAGCUGGAUGUUGCAUCAGGGAGGGUGAUGAAAUCAGUGUCAGCGGAUUUUACCCAUGGAUGCAACAGGCUGAAGGACUGGCCAGGGUCAUUGACACUGUGCACCUUCAACCACCCAGAACUCCUGGACUUCUUAGGCAUGGCAUAGGAGCUGCAAUAUCUAAAUUGGACUUCUAGCCCUUGCUUACACUGGUGUCCCAAAAGGACCAAUAGCUGAAUCCCACAGAGCCCCAUGAAGCUUUGGGCCACUAAGGUUGAAGAAUCAGAUGAUUCUUAGCAACAAUUCCCUCCCUCCAAAAGCCCUCCUACCCUCCACAGUGAGGCCUGAAAUGAGGAAACAGUAACACUUUAUACAGUACUUAUAUAGCUGUCUAGUUCUCAAAAUGCCUUCAUGUCCAUUUUCUCUCCCAGUUAAAAUAACACUGUUCUCAAUGGAGAAAAACCCCCUUAUUUUUAGGUAGAGGGCAUCUGGUGGAAAUCAUACUUCAUUCCAAACUGAGCUUGCCAUGUCAUUGGGAGAUAAAUGAAUGCUUCUGUUUUGGUUUUUCCUCAGGCAGGAGGAGGUGAGGAAAUUAGGUUUCGGGUUGGGGGUGGGUGGUUUAUAGCUUUGAGAGGCAAAAAGAUGAGGAAAAGGUUAAACAGGAAGGAACUUGAGACUAGAUUCAUUUAAAUAUUUGUUACUCCCACCCCCACAGCCUUCUAUAGCCAUUUCGAUUCCUGGAGAGCAUUACACAUAUGUUCCCAUCCCAGGCCUCCAGCCACAGCAACCACACGAGUCAUUUCCCCUGGAACUGAGGCUGCAUACCUGGGCUCCCCAUGGAGGGGAAUGAUGCAGGGAGGGGAAUCCCACCUGCUGUUGAGUCACCUGCUAGUAUAAAGGGAGGGUGUUACAAUGCAGGGACCUUAAAAAGACUCGGAGACAAGGGGAGAAAAACAAGAGAAGCAGCUCAGAACCUCCGAGGGAACCAAACCAGAGACGCGCAGAACAAAGAAUCAAGCUCAGAGCAAGGGGAAGUGGGUAGAGAUUCCACAGGGACUGGUGCAAGGCAAAGAGCCAGCCAGACUUGAGAAACAGGCACCGAGAUGCUGGGGAGUAGAGCUCUGAUGCUGCUGCUACUGCUGGCCUACCCUGCUCUGGGCUGGGCUGUGCCCAAAAGCAGCAGCCCUGCCUGGGCUCAGUGCCAGCAGCUCUCACAGAAGCUCUGCACACUGGCCUGGAGUGCACAUCCACCAAUGGGACAUGUGGAUCUACCAAGAGAAGAGGGAGAUGACGAGACUACAAAUGAUGUCCCCCAUAUCCAGUGUGAGGAUGGUUGUGAUCCUCAAGGUCUCAGGGUCAACAGUCAGUCCUGCUUGCAAAGGAUCCACCAGGGCCUGGUGUUUUACGAGAGGCUGCUAGGCUCAGACAUUUUCACAGGAGAGCCUUCUUUGCUCUCCAGUGGCCCUGUGAUCCAGCUUCACGCCUCCCUUUUGGGUCUCAGGCAACUCUUGCAGCCUGAGGAGCACCACUGGGAGACUGAGCAGACUCCAAGCCCCAGUCCUAGCCAACCAUGGCAGCGCCUCCUUCUCCGCCUCAAGAUUCUUCGCAGCCUCCAGGCCUUUGUGGCUAUAGCUGCCAGGGUCUUUGCCCAUGGAGCAGCAACCCUGAGCCCCUAAAGCCAACAGCUUAAGGAUGGCACCCAGAUCUCCAUGGCUCAGCAAUGCAAAGAUGAACUUAUCAGCCACGGCGCCUGUGAGCCAACAAGUGAAUCAGUCCAUUAAUUUUAAUGGGACUUCCAUGUAUUGAAAAAUUACCAAUACCGACUCACUUAUAAUGCUGACCUAGGACAUGCUGAGUAUUUAUUAGCUGGAAAGGGAAAAUUUGGGAAUUUGGGUAUUUAUCCUCACAGCAGCAGUUUAGAGAAAAGGAGUAUUUAUUAUAUUUAUAUUGAAUUAUGCACUUUUUUCAAUAAACAUAUUUAUGUGGA